AUGCCCUUUACCAUCAAGUGAGUGUUACUGCUCUCUAGAGGUGUAUUUUUAUGUUUUUGCAAUGAAAAUUCUCAUUCUCCAUUCCCAAUGUGCUGUUAGGGCUGACUGUGCAUUGCACUCUUCCAGGAAAGUAUACGUUCAUAAACUGUUUUUAAACCGCAUAGGAGAACUUACACAUCAAUAUUGCCGGAUUUGUGUAAUGGAGGAUGUUGCAGCUAUACACUCACUUCCUGUUGUGGUUUGUUUGUUUAUUUUUGUUUAGAGAGAUGGCGAACAGAAAUGCCAAUGGAAGUACCAACAGUAAUGUGAAUGGGAGUGCCAAAGCUGGGCUGCCAGGGGAUAUGGAUGGCACGGAGGACAGUGUGGAGUUCAGACUGAUGAUGGCGUACGCCCAGAGGAGGAGACCUAGGGAGGUGUUGUGCCCGCUACCUCAAGGCACAGUCACCCAGCCGGGUGGCACAGAGACACUAGAGGGCCAUGCGGACACAUUUAUAAAGAAGACGAAGAAGAAGAAGAAGAAGAAGGGGAUGAGAAUGAGGCUGCAGAGACAGUUCAGCUGUUGCAUCAGGACCACCAAGAACACCACCACCAGCAUCACCAACGGGCACCCAAAGGUCCUGCUUCAGAUCCUUUGGCAAUGGUGAGUUUGUAUCAGGGGAAGGAGAGACAGGAGGGUUGUUUGAUUGCAUGUGUUGGUGUAAUACUUUAAAAUGUAAGGUACAUUGUAUGUUUCUUCUUUAGUCAGCUGGUUUGACUUCAUACCAAGCAUACUAAAGCUGUGUGUGUGUGUUUCAGGUUCAGUGGGAGAUGAGCUGAACGAGGUAGUUGACCGGUUGACUCAGAUUGCUGACGGAGUGAGCUUCAGUCCUUGGGAUCUGGAGACUGAUGGAGAGGAAGGUAUAAGACUGACUCAGCCGCCAUAUCUGGGUUGUAUUCAUUAGGCACCAAAUGGAAAAAAAGGGACAAACUGGGAGGGGCUACAUGAACUUGUCCAAUAAGAAUACCUCUGACCUCUAACCCCUUACCCUCUUCUAUCUCUGCCUUUCAGAUGCUAUAGAGACUCUGGUGGGGCUUCUGCUGAGAGGAGCGGGAGACAAACUCAAUGA